AUGGAACGGAGCGUACCCGAAUAUUCGCAGUCAGGUUUGCCUUCGCCCUAUCCAAGCACCUACGGCGACACUCAGUCUGAAGCUUCCGCAGAUCACACGUCUGCUGCGCACUACUCUAGCACCCAGGAAGCGAGGGGGAACAGCUAUCCUACGUCUGCAACGCCGACCUCAGAGUACGGAGCCUAUCCGCAAUCUGCAAGGUCGACGAGUUCUUUUCCAGAACAUACUCUUCGUCAGUACCAUCCAGCGAGCAACCAUAGCGGCAGCAGCGGAGGUAUGGCGCAAACACCAACAAGUCCGUCCAUGCCUAUGCAAGAUGGGCGCAACCAUCAGUCCCAGCAAGUCAAAUCUGACACCGAUGUACCCAUAGAUCCUUCAAUCGCGGCACCUAGCCCUACGUACGCGCCUCCUAACCAAUACUCGCCCUACGCGCCGCCUCCUCCAGACAUGUCGCAUAACUACCCGCAGAGCGCCGGCAGUCUGUAUGCGCAGCCCCGACCUGAUUGGGCAAACUAUGGGCACCCAGGUGCCCCUGGGCAGAUGCCGCAUCCCCAUUCAGUCUACCCUCACACGCAAUCCGCAGCCGCCCCGGGGCGACCAGCUCAGUAUGGUGCGCAACAGGUCUACUCCUUCGUCCCGAUUCCUGGAGCUCAGCAGCACAAACGACCUCGGAGACGAUAUGAAGAAAUCGAGCGUAUGUACAAGUGUGGAUGGAAUGGCUGCGAAAAGGCAUACGGUACGCUUAAUCAUUUGAAUGCGCACGUAACAAUGCAGAGUCAUGGACAGAAGCGAACUCCCGAAGAAUUUAAGGAGAUCCGAAAAGAAUGGAAGGCUCGCAAGAAGGAGGAGGAGCAGCAGCGCAAGGCGGCGGAAGAGGCCGAGCGCCAACGUCACGCUGCCGCCGCCGCCGCAGCUCAGAAUGGCGGAGGAGACCCGCAAGCCGGUGAUUCAGGACAGGCACCGUCGUCGUAUACCACUAGUCGACAGGUACAACUGCCACCUAUCGGCUACCAGCCGACCCAAUAUCCUGCACCCCCGUCGGCGACAGUACCGCAGCAGCAGAUUCCCGAGUAUAGCCCUACGAACCACAUGUACUCCGGGUAUCAACAGCCGGCAUCCCCAUACGGACCUCAAAACCAGAAUCUCUAUGGUAGCCAGCGAGAAUAG